AUGGAUGAUUACCCAACCUUCCCAAGCAAAUCCAACCAUGAAGAUGAUACUCAGAGCUUGUCUUCCAGUGUCAGGCUGCUGGCGUCUCACAAUAUCUGUGUACAUCAGCUUGUUCAGCAGCAAUGUGAAGCCUAUCCGGCAUCAUCAGCUAUCAAUGCCUGGGAUGGCAACCUGACCUACGGAGAGCUCGAGCAAAAGUCUUCCCGACUGGCAAUUCGCUUGAUGGAGCUUGGCGUUAAACCUGAAGUGAUAGUGCCACUCUGCUUCGACAAAUCGAUGUGGACAGCGGUGGCUAUUCUUGCGGUCUUGAAGGCUGGUGGUGCAUUUGUUCUUCUCGAUCUUGCGUUUCCACUGAACCGUUUGAAGGAAAUAUGCCUGGCUGUCAAUGCAUCGAUUGUGCUAACAUCCCCUUCGAGAGCCGAUCUAGCUAGGAGCCUGGUAUCCUUGGGAGCUACGGUCAUUGUUGAUGGUCGCUUGGCCAGCGUGACGGGAUGCCGUGAUCAAACGGAGUCUAUCGUUUUCAGCAACCUUGCAAUGCCAGAAAGUGCUUGUUACGUCGUUUUCACUUCGGGGUCUACGGGAAAACCGAAAGGUAUUGUUAUGCCUCAUUCUGCAAUGGCGACAAGCAUUACAAAGAACCAUGGACCGCUUUUUCUACGACGAGAUUCACGCGUACUGCAAUUUGCAGCCUAUGCUUUUGAUCUGAGCGUUUAUGAUCAUCUGUUUACCCUUGCAACGGGUGCAUGCUUAUGCGUCCCCUCUGAGGCGUCUCGCCUAUCCGCUCUGGCAAACGCCUUUCUCCAGUUCUCCGUAAAUUGGGUCACACUCACACCUUCAGUCGCUCGGAUAUUAGACCCUGAGCAACUGCCCGGCCUUAAGGUUCUUGCUCUGGCGGGAGAAGCAAUCACCCGCACAGACCUUGAUAGAUGGUCUCCUCAUGUUCAUCUCCUAGGCUUAUAUGGCCCAGCGGAGUUUGCUCAUGCUGCAACAAUACGGGAUUUUACGGCAUCCCCAUCUGAUUCGGCCAACAUUGGGUAUUCCCACAAUGCUGUGUGCUGGGUAGUUGAUCGUAAUGGCAACACUUGUCAAUGUUCCGACGGGCAAGAGGGCGAGUUGAUUCUGGAAGGACCGUGCUUGAGUCGUGGAUAUCUCAAUUAUUCAGCCCCCAGCAUGGCUCCCUUCUUGAACGGCGCUCCUUGGGUCCCUUCUUCCCGCUCUAUUAAUACUCAAUUGUAUCGGACCGGGGACAUCGUGCGCUACAAUCUGGAUGGGUCACUCCAAUUUCUCGGGCGGAAAGACACUCAAGUCAAGGUUUCGGGGCAACGAAUAGAGCUCGGGGAAGUGGAAUUUCAUCUACGAGAAGCCCUUCAAGAAGCUGAUGACAUAGUGGUCGAAGUUGUUUCUUUUUCCACGCAAGGCGCGGCUUCUUUGAUCGCAUUCAUACAACUGCCACUAUCAUGGAAUGCUCAUCUCUAUCUUGAGGCUUCCAAAGACACUGAGUUUCAAACGGUGACAAAAAAGGCAGGAGGCUACCUGAGGCAGCAUUUACCGCCAUACAUGGUACCUGGCAACUUUCUUCGGGUCCAUCGUAUCCCAAUGAUGAGAACUGGUAAGACCGACCGAAAGGCACUGCGACAAGAAGCGGAGAAGCUACUCGCGGCACAAUUAAAAGGAUCAACCGACAACUGCACCGAGCAUCACGGGGGUUUAACCGUGGCCACGGAAGGGACACUGAUAAAGCUCUGCAGGAAGGUACUGGGUAUACCUCUUCAAAGUCAACGUGAUGACAUUGGAUGGCUCCAGCUUGGCGGUGACUCUCUACUUGCCAUGAAACUCGUUGACCAGGCCAGAAGCCAUGGUAUUUGUGUGUCGGUUGCCGAUAUCUUGGGGGCCAAAUCACUGGCACAGCUCGUAACGAAAAUGAAAUACGAGACAGUCGCUUCCGUAUACCAGCACAUUGAGCCAUUUUGCCUUCUUCCAAAUCAGACUGAUAGAAGGGGCUUUGUGAUUCGCAAGGCUCUCGAACAAUGUCAAGUUCCAUUGAGCUCUCUUGAAGACCUGUACCCCUGCACCGCACAUCAACUCGUGUCUAUACCCUACAUGAUCAAGGGCCAAUGCAAUCUCACCCUUCGACUCCGAUGCCAACUUCCUGCAGAUGUGGAUCAAGCAAAGUUUAUCUGCGCUUGGGAUAUUUCGGUCUCCUCCAAUCCUCUUUUCCGAACUCGCAUUAUAGAAGCUGACUGGGGAUGCUAUUAUCAAGCCGUAACUAGGGACCCCAUUGUGCUUGAUCUGGAAACAGAUCUCAGGAAACCAACAACCGAUUUGGUCGUUGAUCUCUUUGGAUUUGGUGUCCCUUUGGUUCAGGCAUAUUUUCAUGAGAACAUCUUCGUCAUGUCAAUACAUCAUCUCCUGAUCGACGGCUAUUCCUUCCCUUUGGUAUUCAGAGACAUAGAGCGCGCUUAUCAGGGACAGACUCUCCCGCGCCUGUCUUUCAGCCCUUUCGUGCAAUGGUCUUCAAGGCUAGAUGAGCGAAGCAAACAAUUUUGGAGCAGCUCCUUUGCUGGUUUCAAGGGCGAGCACUUCCCGCCGGUGCCACCUCCGGGAUACACUCCUCUUGAAACCGCACAACUUCAGCGAGAGCUACACUUUCCACCCCGAGAUAAAUUUACACCAAGCAACAAAAUACGCCUUGCACUUGCCGUUACUUUUGCCCGAAACCUCCAUAUCGACAAAGUCGUAUACGGGGACCUGCUGGCCCGGCGUGCAGCUCCAAUCCCUGGAAUUUCCGAUAUGGCAGUACCUUCAGCCUCACUACUGCCGAUUUGUUUUCGUGUAGAUAUGAAGAGUUCUUUGGGGUCUAAUCUGGGGCGCAUCCAAAGCGAAGCCGCUGAGAGAACUGGUUUCGAGGGUAUUGAUAAGGAGCUUCUCCGCGGGCUGAGCGCAGAGGCGAAAGCUGCUUGUGACUACCAGACAGUCCUGAUUAUUCAGGCCGAGGGAACAGAUACUUUUCAUGGGCUAUUCAAAGAAGCCACCACAGAAUACGGUCAUGCUCCAGGUCUGUGGAGUCUGUGUCUGGAGUGCUGGCUCACAUCUAAUACGGUCAGUAUCAAAACAAGAUUCGAUGAAAACGUUUUGAGUAAGGAAAAGGCAUCCAAAUUCCUUGAUUGUCUUGAAUUUGUCUUCAACGCAAUCAUUCAGAACCCCACCUUGAAUCCUGCUGAUUUGAAGGCCGACUUUGAAUUUUGA